CUUCGACGUUUUUGUAUGACAGCAAAAUAGCAUACGUCACAUUGACAGGACUGACGGAUGAAAACAUAACCUAAAAAUAAGCUAUGCCCUGUGUAACUUAUAGGAUUUUAUCAAAAAACAGGUAUUGAAUUAUAUUCAAAGCACUAUGUUAGAACCCUGGAACGAUGCGUCUCUGCGACCACCACCUGUUCAUACAUUUCUAUGUCAUCGUAAAGUUGACAUUCAGGAUAUAAAAAAUACUUGCAGGAAUAUGAUCAAAGUACUGUCGAAUCAAUUUCCUUUGCACAAAGAGAGCGCAAUUCUAUCUAGAUUUGCUUAUAAAUACGACAAGAAGUUUCGCAACGAUAUCGGCUACAGGCAUUUUAAGAAGGUUAACGUAGCCUUACGGCGUUACUUGGGGCUGAAUGUAUUGAAGGACAUAGAAAAUUUCAGCGACACGUUACCGGCUGAUGACGAGGAUUACUUACCAACAAGACAAAUGCUCCAAUAUAUAAUGAUCAGAUUAAUAACGUUUGCGAAGAUAAUGGUGAGGGUUUGCGUAUGUUCGAAGCAAGCGUCGGUAUUUUAUUUGGACCGUAUAAAGUGCGGGGAGGGUCACUGGAUGUCUCUAAUGCCAUAUGCGGUGCUGAGCCGCGUGUGGUCGCUCUGCACGGUGCUCCUGCGCAACGCUUGCGCCUGGUACGCGCGCCUGCGGCCUUGGCUCGUCAAACUACAACUGAAGGGAGUAGAAUUCCUAGCCGACAAUUAUAACCUGCCAGUGGACUUAGAGGUGUGGCUGGACCUUAAAAACAUUGACUCUUUUGGAAGGUUUGAAUGGGCUCCGAAUAAAUGCUUGACAUUGCAACAAAGCUUAAUAGUUGAUGAUGAUGAUGACAAUACAGACAGCUUCAUGGACUAUGUCAAGCAGCUAAAUGAAGAUGAUACUGAAGAGCCAAUUUCAUGUAAUCUUAAGAGCAAUCUUUCAAAAGAAACUCCAUCUGAGAUACAAGUAAAUCCAGUACUAAAUAAAGAUAAAGGAGAAAGCAUUUCUCGAGAAAGUUUUAAAGCCCCUCUGAACUCCAAAUCAAAACCAAAUACUGAUAAAGGAGAGACAAUAUCAAGGGAAAGUUUUAAACGGCCACUACAUUCGCAAUCAGAACCAUUAAAGAGAGAAAAUACCUACAAUCAUUCUCCAGGAAAUGUGACUGACACGGAAUCUUUAAAAAAGUUCAUGUUGAUGGAAGAAGGCUUUAGAAAUGAACAAAAUCAGUCAUCCUUAACAAGCCAUCUGAGUUUCAUGCAGUGGACAGCUCUUAAGAACUCAUUAGACACAUUAGCAAAUUCCUUGUCAAACAAAAGAAAGAUAGAGAAAAAAUUCAAAAGAAUAUGGAAAGAAAAGUGCAUCGAUUAUAGUUAAUAAAUGUAUUUUCCAUU